UUCGAAGUUCCCGUGUAACGAACCAGUGAUGCGCAUUAAGCGACGCAUGGCGUCGCCGUCGGUUUCAGACGCCGGACAGUGGACGCUCAGACGAAAUUAGUCAUCCGCCGGCCUUUAUGAAGAUCAGUUAUUUCUAAAGUUGAUUAAAUCGACCAACUAACUAUAUCCUAAAGUAGAAAAGGAACGCUGAGAAGCAGAAAAUUAAAUUGAGCAAAAUGUCCAAAUCACAAGUGGCUAUCCCAGAAAAUAAAACUGUGGCACUAGGUGAAGGAAACAGGGAAGAAGAAAUCGAGGAAACUGAAGAAACAACAUUAUCAGAGAGGCAUAAAGAUCUCGGCCAUACGAAAAUAUCGGAGAAGAAAGCGACAUUCGAUAGCACGAUAAACAAAUCAAUUGUGGAAGAUAACCGAUCGCAGCAAGUCCAUUCGACGAAGAACGUGAUGCAGUCAGAGAAUGUGGAAGUAUCUGAAAACAAAAAGUUCAAUCCUGGCGAUUCAGCUAAAGCCAUUUCAACCGAAGUAUCUCAAACUCCCCUUUCUAAUUUAGGAUACGGUGCAUUGGAACCACUAAAAUCAUUCGAACCACUCAAACCGUUUGCUCCAUUAGAAUUCGACGUACCAACGUCAUUCGAACUGGUCAAAAACACCAACACGUUGUUACAAGAAGACAAAGAUAAAUAUGCAGAAACUCAGAAGAAGCUCGUUAUACCCGAAGUGCGAAUUGACUCGCCCAAAGAACAAUUCUCUGUUGAAACGAACGACAGAGUACCGGAAUCGAACAUGAACAUAUUUGCCGAAUUGGGAUAUGUUCCCGUUCAACCGCUGGCUCCUUUGGAUAUCAACACUUUAUUUUAUCCAGUCGAAAGUCAACAGAAUACCAACAAAACCGACUCGGAAAUUAAAGACGGGAACAUCAGAAAUUCUCUCAAAGAAAUUAUUUCUGAUUUGGACAACUACGUGGAGAAAAGCGAGAGUCUAGUGAGAGGUGUGGACGAGGGCUACUCACGCCUGAGGAACGAACGGGAUGAAAAUGCACCACCAAAACCAGUUAACCUCGAAAAAAUUUUUACGCCUGCUGAUGGAGAACAGAUUAAACCCACCAAAAGUCGUAAAGUGUUCGCAUCGUCGGCGUUUUAUGAAAAAGGAUUUCAUCCCACAGUGGAAGACCAAAUCAAGCUGGCACAUAGAAUUUCGAGUUCUCUGUCGGACAUCAGUAAUAAAAGCAGCAAAGGGCAAUCAAUGUACGUGAAAAGAAUGAAGAGAUCCGUUAAAUGGGUUCACGAAGGUGAAGGUCGUGGAGGAUACAACGCGCAAGAAUUGUUAAGCAAUGGUUCGGAAAAACCGAAAGAUCCGCUUAAGCUGGUUAUGAACCCGCAUGGGCAGGUUCACGACAUAAAUUCUUUAAGGAAACAAGGCUUCAACGUUGAAUCGGCUCUCUCUCCGGAAAUCGCUCAAGAAAUUGUCCGAGGACUCAAUUCGCCUAAAGGAAAAGGAGCUGAAUUAUUCGCAAAGAGACGAAAACGUUCGGAAAAGUGGGUAGUCGGAGAAACUAACGGCACCAGACAAACGCCUCUUGUACCCGAAAUACCGCCAACUCCGGUACCGCAAAUAUCUCUCGUUCAACCACCGGCAAAUACCAAUCUACCACCACCCAGUUAUCUACCCGAAACCGUCGAAAGACUUCAACACAAACAAAAAUUGGACGAUAUACAGAACAAAUUUAACCGACCUCGAGUGAAGCUGAUAAAGUCACCUUGGGACGCUGCUCUGGAAACAGGCUCAGUUGACGCCGCUUUUGUGGAGGAGCCCACUUGGCCAACGAAAGGAAAUUACGUCGCUCCUGCGGUGUCUUCGUACGAGACGGCUCUGAAGAGCGACAAUCUCGCCAAUUGGGCAAUACCGAAGAACAACGAACAGAAAAUGUAUUCGCAUAACGCCAAUUACAACAGCAGCAGUAUUAACAAAAUCAUCGACAGUUACCAGAAGGGCGUCAGCAACGUCGACGUGUACAAACCAACGAUGCCUCAGGGAUGGGCUACGCACAAACAGUUCGGUUCAAACACUUUGCCAAGAACAAAAUCCAAGAGUUACGAGGAUUCGUAUUACAAAUCGCCAACGCCCAUCAUCAAAGAAACUGCAGCAGAAGAAGCAGUUUACGAUAAUUACCAAUCGGAACCAAAUUAUGAACCGUCUUUGCUAAUCAGGGAGACGCCGAAGCAAUUCAAAAAAUUGGAUUUGAGUAAUUGUCAAAACUACAAUGUCGCGCCAAGGGCGUGGAAUGAAGCCAAAAAUUGUUACAAACCUAUUGGAACCAGCCAGCCUCGAGAAAUGUAUUCUGAUUUUUAAAUGAUGCAUUAUUAUUUUUGUGUUGUUUGUAUUUGUUUAUUGUUUUGUUAGAGAAAGAUUUAUUUAGUGAUGUUAAAAUUUAAAUGAAUGGAAAAUUUGCUUCUUUCCUCUAUGGAAUUAAUUGAUAAUUGUGACGCAUAAGAUUUAAAGUAGAGAAUAAUUUCAAUGCGCUAUUUCUAAAUUGUUAUUUUGAUCUUUCUCGUGCACUAAUAAAAUUGAAUAUUUAUAAACAAGGUGUUCCAAAUUUAUCCUGAUUGACAACGCUCAUUCGAUGUUAUUUGCUUCUGUAAUGCAUCAAAUGGUUUGGUAAUAAAUCAAAUUGAAAAUAUUUGGACAUACAGUUUCCUUCCUAUAAAGUGGGUGUGAAAUAAUGUAUACAAAUCAGCAGAUGAAAAAAUUAAAAAGGAUUAAAUAAUCCUAAAAUUUUGGGUAUAUUCGGAACGCUUUGUGCAAAAGGUGACCUAUUUAUAAGAGUUUGUUACUUAGGUUUUAAACACAAUUGUUUACGAAAUUCAGGAUGAAUUUUCUUAAGUAGAAAGCAGUAGGGCUUACAGUGAUAAUUAUAAUUGUUAUAUGCUUUGUUAGAAUCUACUGAAUAUUACGCAAUAUUAAAAAAAUAAAAAAGAUGCAUUAAUCCA